AGCAUAUUGCAUCUAAGGGGUAUAUUAAUAAAUGGAUCGGAGAUACAAGACAGUUGCCAUUGCUUGCAAAGUCCUCUGUGGCAUAUUUGCAAUUGUUAAAAUCAAACAAUCUUUCAUGAAUAAUCAAUGCCGCCUACAUUUAUUUUGGUUUCAAUGAUAAUAUUGGGUAUAAGCACCAUCAUGGGAGUGUUCACUAACUCACUAAUUGUGAUUGUCAAUUUUGUAGACAAGGUGAAAGGUAAAAAGCUCAACCCAUCUGACCUAAUUUUGGUGACCCUAGGUUCCUUUAACAUUGUUUUCCAGUUCAUAAUGCUGAUCAAUGACUAUUUGAGCUUUCUGGACCGAGACCUUUACAGCUCUGAUCAGAUCUACACUUUAUUUACUGUCCUAUUGGUCCUUCCUAUAUUUUCAAGCUUUUGGUUCACGGUUUGUCUCUCUAUCUACUACUACUUGCAGAUUGUCAUAUUUAGUCAUCACUUUCUAAUUCGGUUAAAGUUGGGCGUCUCACGGUUAAUACCAAAAUUACUGAUGGCCUCAGUUUUUACAUCUGUAGCUAAUGGCCUACCUGCUGCAUUGAAUCGGUACAAGGAUCACCUCUAUUUAAACGCGUCAACAAAUCAGAGUUUGGAAGUCGCUGUUCCUAAAGUGAAUGCUGUGUACAUGCUACCCAGUACUGUCAUUAGCUGUUCCCUUCCAUUAGCUCUCAUGGGUAUUGCUAAUGGUAUGAUCAUCAAGUUAUUAGUUACACACAGUCACAAGGAGGAUAGAAAUGCCCAAGGGGACCUCAGUCCAAGAGCUGAAGCUCGCAGAUCUGCAGCCAGGACAAUUGCAUGCCUCCUUGUUCUUUAUAUUUCAUUCUAUAUAUCUGAGGUCCUUCUCUUUAUAGACACCUUCCCCAGGAACAGCUCCGGGUUCUGUGCUUGCUUGAUUGUAAUAUACAGCUAUCCUCCUGCUCAGUCAAUUGUUCUUAUUCUCGGAUGUCCCAAACUGAAAAAAGUGUCUUUCGCUUUACUACAAUCUCUAUUCAGGAAAGGACAGCCUAAAUCACAGAAGAUCCUCUGCAUAAAUCUCUAUCCACAUCAGACAUUUCACAUCAUCGCACAAUGAUCGUUUA